GAGUUGGGGUAUAUUCUCUGAGUAUCAAACCACUUGGGCCUUACAAACCCCUAUCUGUUCAACCAUGGCCAUCUCUUCAAGCAUGGCGACGAGCUUCUUGGGCAACAAACUUGGAGCCCAUUCGUUCCCAGGAGUUUUGGAGAGGAAGCUCCAUUCUCGUGGUACCAUUGUGGCCAUGGCAAAGGGUGGGAAGUCCAAGACUGGCCGCGUGCUAAUUCGCCUCAUCUCCACUGCUGACACUGGUUUCUUCUUCGUCUCGACAAAGAAUCCUCGCAAUUCGCCACAGAAGCUCGAGCUCGUCAAGUUUGAUCCUCGAGCCGGCAAACGUGUUCCAUUCCGCGAGGCUACUAUCAACAAACCAAAGUCGAACAAGAAAUAAGAACUUCAAUUUAUCACAAACUUGCUGAAUUUCUUUCCCCUUCUUUCAGUCAAGAUUCAUCGCUA